AUGAUCAGCACCGGUUUCCUUCUUGGUGCGGGAGAUUGUUUAGCACAAAACCUUUUCCCACAAUUACCCAACCAACCAUAUGACUACAUAAGAACACUACGAGCUGUGUUUUACGGAGGUGUGAUAUUUGCACCUAUUGGGGAUAAGUGGUACAAGAUUCUCAACACGAGGAUUGCGUGGCGUGGAAAUGGAGCUUUAGGUAGAAGUGGAAAAUUGAGUGAAAAAACAUUGUCCACAUUGCUUCGGGUAGCAGUCGACCAAUUAUUCUUUGCUCCAAUUAUAGGUAUACCCUUGUACUAUUCGACAAUGACAGUCUUGGAGAAUAAACAGCCGUAUUGGGACAAUAUUAUGGACAAGUUCUAUACUAGUUAUUGGCCAACCUUGAGGAGCAAUUGGCUUGUGUGGCCGGUUUUUCAAUGGUUUAAUUUUUACUUGAUCCCAGUACACUUUAGAUUGUUAGCAGUAAAUUUAAUAAGUAUAGGAUGGAAUACUUAUUUGAGCUAUGUGAUGCAUAAUACCUAA